UUUGAAUUUGGCUCGGCGGCGCUCUGCGCCUGCGCUCAGCCUCUGGCAUGCUGGCUCCUUCCAAGCAGCUGUUUUGGGUUUGAAAUUCCAACAUGGCAGAGGCUGCAGUCCGUCUUCCCUUCAAAAACUUGGAAUGAUUUCAAAUCAUAGGCACCUUCACUUAACCCUAGCUUCCAUUCAUCAGCAAACACAUCGGAUCGAUGCUACGCUAACCUAUCGGGAGCUCGCUCUGCGCGUCUAGGUUAAAUGAAUACCUGACGAAAGGGCCCACGUUUCAAGGCAGUGACAUUUGAUAGCUGAGAGGAAAAGUGGCUUUAAUGAAAAGCAACCUUUGGAAUUCCUGCUUGUGAGAAAUCCAAUUCAGCUUUUUGUGCUACCAGCAAGAAAUGAUCAGUAGCACCAGUGUUUAUGGUCCCAGGUCUUUAUGUAUGGACACAAAGAAUGAUAGAAUUCUAGGUCUUGGGAGGAGGCUUGAAGAUGCAGUGGACGCCGGAGCAUGCCCAGUGGCCAGAACAGCACUUUGACAUCACCUCUACCACUCGGUCUCCCGCCCACAAAGUUGAAGCCUAUAGAGGUCAUUUACAGCGCACCUACCAGUAUGCCUGGGCGAAUGAUGACAUAUCUGCUCUGACUGCGUCCAACCUUCUGAAAAAAUAUGCAGAGAAGUAUUCUGGCAUUUUGGAAGGUCCCGUAGACCGACCUGUACUCAGCAAUUAUUCAGACACACCAUCAGGACUCGUGAAUGGUCGGAAAAAUGAUAGCGAACCCUGGCAGCCUUCCUUGAAUUCAGAAGCCGUUUAUCCUAUGAACUGUGUGCCGGAUGUCAUCACUGCCAGCAAAGCUGGUGUCAGCUCAGCCCUCCCUCCAGUAGACGUCUCGGCAAGUAUAGGGAGCUCCCCUGGGGUGGCCAGCAACCUGACAGAGCCAAGUUACUCAAGUAGUACCUGUGGAAGCCACACAGUACCUAGUCUUCAUGCGGGGCUCCCAUCUCAGGAAUAUGCUCCGGGAUACAACGGCUCAUAUUUGCAUUCUACCUACAGCAGCCAGGCCACACCUGCACUUCCUUCGCCUCAUCCGUCCCCGUUGCAUAGUUCUGGGCUUUUGCAGCCACCACCCCCUCCUCCUCCCCCACCAGCCCUGGUCCCAGGCUACAACGGGACUUCCAAUCUCUCCAGUUACAGUUAUCCCUCUGCUAGUUAUCCUCCUCAAACUGCCGUGGGGUCUGGGUACAGCCCUGGGGGAGCACCCCCUCCUCCUUCAGCAUACCUGCCUUCAGGAAUUCCUGCUCCCACCCCUCUGCCCCCCACUACCGUCCCUGGCUACACCUACCAAGGUCAUGGUUUGACACCCAUCGCACCCUCUGCUCUGACCAACAAUUCAGCAAGUUCUCUGAAAAGGAAAGCUUUCUAUAUGGCAGGGCAAGGAGACAUGGACUCCAGUUACGGAAAUUACAGCUAUGGCCAACAGAGAUCGACACAGAGUCCUAUGUACCGAAUGCCCGACAACAGCAUUUCAAACUCGAAUCGGGGGAAUGGCUUUGACAGAAAUGCUGAAACAUCAUCCUUAGCAUUUAAGCCAACAAAGCAGCUGAUGCCCUCUGAGCAGCAAAGGAAAUUCAGCAGCCAGUCCAGUAGGGCUCUGACCCCUCCUUCCUAUAGUACUGCUAAAAAUUCAUUGGGAUCAAGAUCCAGUGAAUCCUUUGGGAAGUAUACGUCGCCAGUCAUGAGUGAGCACGGAGACGACCAUCGGCAGCUCCUCGCUCAUCCAAUACAAGGUCCGGGACUCCGUGCAGCUACCUCAUCCAACCACUCUGUGGACGAGCAACUGAAGAAUACUGACACACACCUCAUUGACCUGGUCACCAAUGAGAUCAUCACCCAAGGACCUCCUGUGGACUGGAGCGACAUAGCUGGUCUUGACCUGGUGAAGGCGGUUAUUAAGGAGGAGGUUUUGUGGCCAGUGCUGAGGUCAGAUGCAUUCAGUGGGCUGACCGCCUUACCUAGAAGCAUCCUUCUCUUCGGACCUCGGGGUACAGGCAAAACACUUUUGGGCAGAUGCAUAGCUAGUCAGCUAGGGGCCACGUUUUUCAAAAUUGCUGGUUCCGGACUCGUUGCAAAGUGGUUAGGAGAAGCGGAGAAAAUCAUCCACGCCUCUUUUCUGGUGGCCAGGUGUCGCCAGCCCUCGGUGAUUUUUGUUAGUGACAUUGACAUGCUUCUGUCCUCUCAAGUGGGCGAGGAACACAGUCCAGUCAGUCGGAUGAGAACCGAAUUUCUGAUGCAGCUGGACACUGUACUAACUUCGGCUGAGGACCAAAUCGUAGUCAUUUGUGCCACCAGUAAACCAGAAGAAAUAGAUGAAUCUCUUCGGAGGUACUUCAUGAAAAGACUUUUAAUCCCACUUCCUGACAGCACAGCGAGGCACCAGAUAAUAGUACAGCUGCUCACACAGCACAAUUACUGUCUCAAUGACAAGGAGUUUGCACUGCUUGUCCAGCGCACAGAAGGCUUUUCUGGACUAGACGUGGCUCAUUUGUGUCAGGAAGCAGCAGUGGGACCUCUCCAUGCUAUGCCAGCUACAGACCUUUCAGCCAUUAUGCCCAGCCAGUUAAGGCUCGUUACAUAUCAAGACUUUGAAAAUGCUUUCUGCAAGAUUCAGCCUAGCAUAUCUCAAAAAGAGCUUGAUAUGUAUGUUGAAUGGAACAAAAUGUUUGGUUGCAGUCAGUGAUAACAUCUUUAAAAAAGAAAAAAAAUGUAAUGAAUGUUGGCACACACAUAAAACCUGCUACAUAGGGAAUAGAGCCCCUUUCCAGUAGUGUUUCAAUUGCUAAGGGUACUGGGGAAGACAACGAUUAUGUUGCAUCUUUAGAGUCAGGGUAGCUUUGGAAGAAGCAGGCAUCAGAUGAGAGCCUCUGAUUUGGAAGCCCCAGCUGACAGAAAGCAUAUACAUGUGGAUGCUCAGAUCGGUUCAAGCUAGAUGACACUCACCGAGAAGCAAGGUGCAAGUGUGUUGAUUUCAGAAGGACAUGAACCUCGUGUGUUGAUUCCAUUCUGCUGUUCUCGAGAUUUAGUUGCUGUCAAGUGCCUGGAGUGGUGCUUUAUUUUUUUUGUUUGUUUGUUUGUUUGCCUCACAAUUACAUUGGUGGCAUGUGCUAAUAUAAAGAGCUUUAACUUCAAACACUAUUGGACUAAAGAGAUGAACGGUUGUGUUACAACAGAAAACCAGAUUUUUUUGCCAUUUUAAGAGCAACAGUAUUCCUCAAUCCUGUCUGUUCUGCAGUGUUAGCUAAGAACAGGUAAAACAGGGUAACGGUGAUCUGGACCUUAAUUUCUGCAGUUCAUUUCUUUUAAUGUUCUUGUCUGCAAAAACUCAGGAAAGUGAUUGUGAUUUGUACAGUACCUCAAAGGAAUGUGUUAAAAGCACUAUGUACUGCUGAGAGUAAUAGGGUAGGCUUCAAUGUUACUUUAUAUUAAAAUGUAUGUUUACCUCAACAAUUGGAGAAUAGCAAGGAAAAUUAUUUUGAAUGUAUCCAGAAAAGAAAAGAAAAAUACUGAAGUGUGAUACAACUGAAUAUUUACAGUUUAAAAGUAGAAGUGGAAGGGUUUUUUUUUUAAAGUUCUCUUACUAAUUAUGGGGAAUUAUUAACCAGAGCAGAACAAUUGCUGAAGAGUUAUUAAUGCAUUGCUCUCCAUGAUGAUUAAGUGGAAAUGUUCAUAGAAGUUACACUGGUUAAUUGAAAAGCUGUGUCUUCAGUUUGUGUUGGUGUUUAGAGCAGUCAGCUGCAGACCUGUUUAAGACCCUGAAAGUGACAGAACCUACAAACUGUAUCUGCCUUCUACUGCCAUGGUGGAGGUGGUGGUGGUGGAGCUGGUGGUGGUGGAGGUGGUGGUGGUGGAGGUGGUAUGUUUUGGAAGCUCUCUUCUAAACCUCUAGGGGAAGAGUCUAUUCUACUCACUCAGAGUUCCUAGGCUUACAGAGCUGUUUCACAAAAAGCAGAGGAUAGAACCAAAUCAAACACACAAACUUAAAAAAAAAAAAAAAAAAAAAAAAAAAAAAAAAAAGAGCAACCAAUCACAUGUAUCUGCAGAGCCCCUCCCACACGUGCCCCUCCCACACGCCGCAUCUAGACUUCGAUCUUCAGAGUGCACUUUCUCGCUUCUCAUCCUCAACCUCACCCCCACCCUGGGCUGUAGAACUCCUACGUUCAUUUCUACCUCAGUUUCGUUAUGUUUCUUUUGGAAAGUCAAGUGAGAAAUUAGACGUGGACAUGUAUACCACAACAGAGCUUGCCAAAUGUGGGGACUUUUGUGUCCUGUUGUGUUUUCUUCCCUCCUUUGUCUACUUCCCCCGUAACACCAGUCUUGAUGCAUUCUUUCGCCUCUGAAGACUCCCACACAGCAAUGUGGCAGUCCUUUCUCACCCUGCCCCUCUGCUCCUGCUUCCACCAGGUCGUUCUUUGUCUUCUGUUAUGCAGUAUGUGCAAGUUUUCAUUGACAGCUGGCUGAAGUUCACCAAUGUCUCUCUCUCACUGUCACAGUGCAGGACAGAGCUUUCCACAGCCACUGCCUGUGCAGAAUCAGAGCAGCCUAGCAUUUUGAAUGUAUUUUCCUGUUUUUCCCUCCUUUUCUUUUCUUUUAUUUUUCUUUUUUCUUUCUUUCUUUCUUUUUUUUAAUUUUGUUUAAAUUUAGAGAUGCAGUAAUUGUUGCGAAGCACUGGCAUUUUGUGUAUUCAAUAAGUGAUGUACAUUUUUAAGGUAAUUUUAAAUAAAUGCAAUGGCAGCCCCAUGAAAGGUCUUUCUGUUAUUUUUUUCCUUCUUUUUUUUUUUCCUGAGCUCAUCUACAAGUUAAUUCUCUGAAACACUUAACACAGAGAAACUGAAUGAGAAAAUGAACUCGUGGCAUUUCAAACAUUUUAUGAUAUUUGAUUAGUAAUCUUUCUCUCUUUUUUUUCCCAUUGCUAAAACUGAGCAAAUGAACUAGAAUUUAAUGGACUGUGAACAUCUAUCAACUAACACUGUUCUAAAAUAGAUCCCAUAUUUUAAAAGCAGUGCCUUUCACUAAGGAGACACAAAUGAUAAUACUACUUAGAUAUGUCCUCUUUUUCACAAGUGAUUAAAUGCUAUAGUCAUAUUCUGGAUCUACCCUGUGCACUGCCCAUGAUAAGGAGAUUCUAAUAUUCACGAACUUGUGAGCCCAUAUUGACCUCAUUCACAAGUUUAUUCUCUGUGCAGUACUGACCCAUCUUUGCUAUUAGAGCUCACACCUCAUUUCCACCAAUAUGCUGUGCUCACUAAUAAAGUGAAAAGUAAAAACAUCUGGCAUGUUUUGACAAACCCAAUCCUCUUUAGUCAACCUUCGAGAACCCAGUAUUAACCCACAUUGUUUGGUGUGUGGUUUGCGGGACUUAAUGCCAAAUAUAUGAGAUGACAAUUGUGCUUUGUUCUCACAGUACUGAUAAUAAACUGAAGUCAUACAUGUUGGCUGAUAGCUUUAAAUGGCUUUAAAUUAGUUUGAGAUAUGAAUGACUUAAAGAUUAGUUUGAGAUAUGAGUGGUCUGAGAUCCAUGCAUUGAGCAGAAGCUUGAAAUUAUAUGUAAUUUUCACUUAGCCUACCCAAGUCUAGAAUUAUCUGAUAGCAAAGCAGGCAAGUUGAAGAAAUGAAACACUCACUCUCUAGCAAGGUUUUGAACUCCAUGUGACAGCAGUGUGAAAACUCCAAUGAACUAUCAUAAUCAGGACAUCUUUUCUGACCAUCCAUUUGAGAGCUUGGGGGAGAACAAGUUCCAGAUCUCCAGAAGUGAGCAUGGAUAUUCAGCCCUAGAACAAAUAGGUAACUGUUGGCCUGUCUUUGAUUGCUUGGAAUUUGGAGGAGGCUCCUAAUGAGUGUAAGGUAGUGAACCAGUCAAUCCUUUCCAGUUGCAGGAGGAGAUCCAACCAGCCUCCUUUACAACCCUUAAUUCCUUCUUCACAACUGUAAUAACAUUUCCAACAGGGAUGAAAAGGAGGAAGGGGGAGACUACUUCAGGCAAAGGAUCAAUAGACAUUCAAGAGGUAGUUCAUCGUGGGUAUAUAUGGGACACUAGUGAAAAUACUCUAUGCUGCUGGCUUGUUUCUCUCCAAAAUAUUUAGAACAUUAGUGACAAUGUGGAGAACUUUGCUGACUGAGCUGGUCAAUGGAAUGUGAAGGCAGUAUACUUUAAGGCUAUUUACUCUCACACAGAAUGUUUAUCUAUUAGUCAGUUUGUAUUCUACUCAAAUGCAGAUAGACGGGUAUAAUGUUUUCUUGUGCAUUUGAAACCUAUCAAGGAGAAAAUAAACCAUUCCACUAAAAUACAUAGGCCAAACACCAUCUGGACAAGUGAUAAACACUAUCCAGAGGCUAUACUAAAUGCAAGGUCAAUUUACAUAGGCUGCAGAGCACUUGGCUAUGCAGUUUUGAAAUGUAGACUUCCAAAAAAAAAUCCAAAUUAAUUCUUGCAAUAGGUCAUUGUAAAUUUAAAUAUAUUUCUGAGUUGGAAAGGAUGUUUUAGAGGCAUUUAGAAUUUCUUCCUCUGAAAAUAUAUCCAACCUCAAGCAGGAAGGUAUUUCUGUAUGCCCACUCUCAUGUUUCUUAGCAAGAAUUGGGAAUCCUGAUUAUUAAGUCCAUAUUACAGAGUGAAAGGCACAUAGUUUAUUGAACUAUUGAGGCCACUAAAGUUCUAAUAUAUAUAAAUAUAAAUAUAAGUAUAAUUAGUGUGUGUGUGUGUGUGUGUGUGUGUGUGCUGUGUCAACCACUACCUAUUUGAACUUUAAAAUGAACCCGUUUUUUCACAUUAUCUAGAGGUAACUGCUUGCUUUCUUUUUUCCUACGUGCCAAAAUACACAUGACUACUUCAAAAUUCUGUUCAAAUAUGACUUUUUAUUUUAGUAAAACCUUCAGUUUUGAAUCAUUUGCUGAUGUAAUGAAAGACGCUAGCAAAGACAACGCGAUUAGUAUUUCAGAAUUCACCACCAGCCAUACUUGUGACUAACCAACCCAUGAACUAAAGCUCACAGUCUGCUAAGACCUUUGGUUGACAUUCGAUUUUGAACCUGCCAGAUGCAUUUGUGUGAACCAGGGAUACUGCAUCUUUAAUGAACAAGUCUCUCCUCUUUCCCCUGUUUUUAAAUACAACACAAGGGGUGUAGCACUAGGCACUGCAAUUGUCAAAGACAAUUAGACUGAAAGCAGGGAAAUCUCACCUCCCUGUCUCAGUGAUAUGUAGAAUGUGGGCAGCCUGGGUCAGCCUUGCCACAGAGUGGUGUGAGAAGAUAUGAAUCAGUCCUAUAGAAUGUUAAAUAUUUAUAAAAUGGUUUUGUAGUGCGCCAAGGUUGGGAGCACAUUCAUUUCUUCUUUUUGUCUUAUGAAACAAAAGGAAAAAAAAAAGCAAAAGUUUAUUUCUAGGCUUCUUCUCUCCCUAGGCAUAGGUAUAUUCUCUCUCUCUCUCUCUCUCUCUCUCUCUCUCUCUCUCUC